ACACAAGUGGUGCUUUAUCCACCCUGUCCCACUCUGAGUAAGAGGAAACUCUGAACUGCUGUGGCUGACCAGCUUUGCCCUCUUCUUUCUGUUUCCCUCCUUUUCUCAAACCCACAGUGGACGUGUGCACGCUGAGGACCACAAUGGCAGCAUCAACGCAACCAGCAGAGAAGCCCCACAAAAUACUAGCUUUUGCUUUGCUUCUCAUCGUGCCACUUUUGAACGCAGGAAUACUGGCAGAAGAACUGAUUGUUGCAACAAAAGUGCCAUCGGAGACAAUAAGAGGAGAUGAUAUUCCAAAAGCGCGACCUGAUGGACAAUACCCGGUCCAGCUUACUUUGCAAAAUACUUCUGAACCUACAAAGACUUUGACCACAGAGAAAGAAGGAAAUCAUAACGGCAAUGACCCCACAACUCCAAAGAAAGCAGCAAGUGAGGGAACCAAACCCACAGAGAAGACAACAACCAUACCAGGGACUCCACCACCGAUUCCUCACAGAGGAGAUGGUCACGAUAACAAACCAAAGCCAGUACAGGACGAUGUUGUCUGUGUCAUCAAAGAAACUGUGGAAGGAAAAAAUGCUGUCCACCUCAAACUCAAGGCUGUCUCCAACUGUGAAGAUACACAAAAUAAAAUUGUGAGUGUUUUGGAAGAUUUGUGUGGAGAAGACUGCAAACUGGAGAUUUACCAAGAAGCUGGCACAAAUGAAGCCAUAGUCUCUGGGAAGAAAAUUGAAGAUGAUGUCACUGGCAUGACAAACAAGUUCAACAAUGACAACAUAAAGGAUAAGACUAACGUUGAAGAAGCGACUAAUCGCUGGGGGAAGAACUCCAAGUUGGUUCUAGUGUCCUUAUUGCUGGCUGGACUGCUGCUGGCUGCACUGCUGGUAGCUGGUUAUUACCUCAAGAUGCACCGCAAGACUUCUAAAGGGGUCAGACUAGCCGAGUCUUUCCAGGUGGACGAGGAGAAUCAGGCCAACACUCUGGUGUCUGUGGCUCCACUGCCCCAAGAGCCCGUCGAUAAGCCUACUGCAAACGGGGAGUCCCCGCCAGAAAAUGGAAACAACCUUCCCCCCACCACAAAUGGACACUCUGCUAACCAAACCCAAGUGGCAGACACUGAGAUGUGAACACCCCACCAUUUUACCAGUCCUUCUUUUGUCUUCGGCUUUCACUGAUCUGUAGGAUGAGAAGAGGAGCAAUAACGAAAAAAAGUGCCUGUAAUGUGAAAAUUUUGGGAACACUCACCUUUCUUGGUGACAAGAAGAGGCUGCUUAGUUUGACUGUCUAGGAUUUGAUCAGUUCUAACUUUUCUCUUGAUGUUACAAUAUUUGGGGAAUCUCUCAGUAAAGAGCAUUGUGUGUUGUUGAUUCUGGAUGGUGCACAAGUUGCAGAAUUUAUCUUUCAACUAUGCAGCAAUAAAACUAGUGAAGCCAUUCAAAUGUAAGGGUUUUGGGCUGUUGCCCGAGGGACAAAUGCUCAUGGUGACAUUGUUUGCAUCGCAAAGAAAUAAUUAGGAAAAUAAACGUAAAUGUUUUUCAAGGGUAGCUGUUGAACUAAAAGAAAAAAAGAAAAAAGUGCUCACUUUUACUGCUGGUAUUAUUUUAUAGGAAUUUAAUUUCACGUAGCAGAAUUGGUAUUUUCAAAAAUGAGCUAAAGAAUUGUCUUUGGUCUAUUGCUGUCAAUAUGUUAAAGCAUGAAAAGGUCACUAUACAUCUCUCUGUUGUUUUUUUUCUUAAACUAGACUGUUUCUCAAAAACUAUUUGGGCCAGACUUUACAGUACUUUUUUAGUUUUGAUUACUGUUUGUAUUUGUUUUUUUUUGUCUUUUGUAAUAAAAACAUGCAAACUUUCCUUUUCUCACCACUGCUUCAAUUUAAUCAUGAACUUCAAUCUUUCGGAUGCUUCAAAAUAACAAAUAAAAAUAUGAAGACGUUUAAGUUGU